AUGGCACCCGUAUCGCAUGAUACUCUGGAGAAGCUGAUGAAGGCGGUGAAACAACUUCUAAAAUUGAAAGGAAAAAGCAGUGAGAAGGUGGCAGAAGAGAUCGCCUCGCACAAGAAGAUCCUGAUAGAAAUGGACAACAUAUUUGUGGAGCAAUCCAAUGAAUUGCUUUUUGUGGCAGAGCUGGUUCGUGGAACAAACUGGAUAGGAUAA